AUGGGGCACCCCCAAGCUGCUGCUGCAGGUGGCGGUUUGCUGCUAACAUAUGGCCGCCGGUGGUUCUCAAGCUCGGUGAUUGGCCGGCAAGCUCGGGCUGUUCCAUGGGAACCACGGGAGGAUCUCCUUCAGGCUAGGAAGGAGCCUCGUUACAUGGCAGAGUGCAAAGGGACCCCGCGUAUGGAAUAUGCUGAGAAUUUGAUUGAUGGAGUGCGACUCCGUCCCACCUUUAAUCCAUAUGUCAAGCUCACCAAGGCCAAGAGAUAUGUCCUCGACAACUGGCCCUCCAGGAAUUGGGCGGACUGGAACCCAUACAGCUGUUUCGUCAGGGGUAGUCGGCGGCGAUAUCACAUCCCCAAAGACAUUAUGCCUUACAAAGACGAGCUUGGAGAAUGGCAUCCCCCUCGACUUUCUGGCCGCUACAAAGCCGACGUGGAGAAGCAAUACCGCCUCAACGGUCUCGAGUGGGUGUGGGUGAAGAAUUUCUACAAGGAGAAGGUGCACCUUCGAGACAGAGAGCCGCUGGGGCCCAAGAGAUGGUAUAUUCGGGAAUUCAGGCAACAGCAAGUGAAAGAAGCCAUGAAGAAGAUGGAUGAUCUCGUUGCGGAUUACCGCAAGGAGGUGAGGGACAAGCAGCGGUACAACUGGUUUGAGAAGGUGGUUCACGACUUUGCUGGCGAGCAGCUGUCGUCAGAGUACCUCCGCAGCCGGAAGGAGCCCAAGAUGUAG